UAUUUUAAAGAUAAGAUGGAAAAUUCGUGGCGAAUUCCUCUGAACUGAAGCCUUGCUAGCGCUUACUCCACUAUGCAGUGCUGGCAUGGCUAAUUUAAGAGCGAACCCAACAAUCCCACUUCUCUCGAAAGGCUUCUCUGAACAUCUUCUACACAACUCCCAAUUCCGUUCUCACACUUCCAAGUCUACAAAACAAGCCACUCUCAGCAAGCAAAGAAUACAUUGUUUGGAAUGCACAAAGGAGUGCAAGGUCGUGACAAGGGAGAGCAGAGCUCCGGUCUGCUGGUCUGCUGCAAAGGAGGUGAGUCUUUUAGGUGAGGAAGAGAGUGGAAGGUGUGGAGUCGGCCAAGGCCAAGAUGGUCAUCUGGUGAGGGAGUUUGGGUGGGGAGUGAGGAGGAUGGUUGAGGUGGGAGAGGAGAUAAGGAGGGUGGCCUAUGUCCAGGCUGAAGCUUUCCAUGUCCCGGUGCCUCUGUUCAAUGACCUCUUCUUUAAGUUCUUUGAAGCUGAAGUGCUUUCUGCUCUCAUGUAUAGAAUUAGGAAUUCACCACCAGACAGGUAUGCUUGUUUGGUCGUGGAAUCUGUAAAUGUACCUGACUUGUUACGGGCACCGGAGCAUGAGCUUGUGGGGGUUGUAGAUGUGACAGUCCAGAGAGAUGAAGAAGUUCUUAGACAUCUUGAAGGUGUAGAAGAGUAUCUGUAUGUGUCAGGGAUGGCUGUUCUCAAGAAAUUUAGGAGGCAGAAAGUAGCAACUAUUCUGCUUAAAGCCUGUGAUGCACUCUCACUUCUGUGGGGUUACCGCUACCUGGCUCUGCGAGCUUACGAAGAUGAUUCAGCAGCUCAAAACCUGUAUUCAAAAGCAGGCUACAAAGUGAUAUCAGGAGAUCCUCAUUGGAUUGGUUGGAUUGGCAAGAAGCGUCGUGUUCUAAUGAUAAAACCAUCUGUCUUGCACCAAACUCCCUAAAUUCAACUUUGAAAGCUUGCCAGCCUACAACUUUGUCAUUAUAAAUUUAAAACAUGAAAAGCAGAUCCCACUAACAAUUUUCAUCUCAUGCUGGUCUGCAUUGAUUGGAGAUGCCAAAAUACCGCUCCAAAUUUUUCAGAUGCCUCCGGAUGGAUGGAUGGAUGUUAAUGUACAAGUAAAAUGGUGUUGCGGUGAUAAUCAUUAAUCAACGAAAUAGUUGUAUUCUUCAUGUAUUGCAAGCAGAUUCAUGUCAUGCAAUUUCAUGCUUAGAAUAUCCAUCAUGUAGCUUGAGUUCGCAAAAUAUGCUAUACAACCUUUCUUGGAUGUUUUUAUGAAAUUAUUUGAAAAAUAAUUUAUUUCA